AUGUCGGACCACUCAUCCAAACGCAGGAAACUCAGUCCUCCUCCUAAGGCUGCGCCGACCCCCACAGUGACCGACCAGAAACGAAACGCAACCCGAAACAAAGAUGAGCGCUCUGCAGAGCUUGCAAUGGCCAGCGGCUUUUACAAGUCCAGCUUUUUCAAGCUGCAGAUGGACGAAUUAUUGGAAGGACUGAGACCCAACCAUGCCAACCAACUCUCCAAGGUCCAGGAUCCACUUCAUAAGAUCAAGGGUGCCAUUGAAAGCCUUUCUGAGAAACCUCCGCAAUCUGUGGCCGAUGCGGAGAAAGAACUGCGAGCCUCUGGCCUGGUGGUGCCGUGGCCUGAGCCAAGGCCGAGCAAGGAAGCGAAAUAUAGUAUGGCAUACGCGAAGCCUGCCAAUAUUAAUGUGUCGCGCCCAAUCGACCUGGCUGUGACCAUGCCAAACUCACUGUUCCAAGAGAAGGACUACGUCAACUUCAGAUACUUCCACAAACGAGCUUAUUAUAUGGCAUGUCUGGCAGCUGGAAUUCACGAUACCGCCAUUGAGCUAGGAUUUGAUGUCAAGUUUAGCACCCAGGAUGGGGACAGCCUCCGGCCUCUGAUCCUACUUGAGCCCCGGGCCUCAAGUCUCUCGCAGAUCCGUAUUCUGGCCGCAAUUGAUCCCACUCUGUUCCCGACCUCGAGAACACUCCCAAUGAAGAGCAAUAUUCGCCAAGGCUCUUCUGCAAACUCGGAAAUCGGCGAGCCGACCUCCUUCUACAAUGCCAGUCUGCGCGCAGAUGCUACUGUGUCUCUAUACCACAAGUCGAUUUAUUCAGCUUCGCAAAAGUGCGAGUCUUUCAAGGAUGCAUGCAUUCUUGGUCGCACCUGGCUUCAUCAACGAGGCUUCCACACUGCCUUCCAGAACGGAGGCUUCGGCGGCUUUGAAUGGACAGUGCUUCUGUCUCUGCUGUUUGAAGGUGGAGGCCCCACCGGACAGCCAGUCUUACAGCCAUCAUACAGCUGCUACCAAAUCUUCAAGGCUACGAUCCAGUUUUUGGCUGGCGUACCUGUUGUCUAUGACGGUCGUAGAGGACUGAACAUUCUCUACAAAAUGACACCUUGGUCAUACGCGACACUGCGUCACGAAGCGUCCACUACGUUAAAGAUGCUCAACGAGUCCCGAGAGGACAACUUUGACAAGGUCUUCAUUCUCAAGGUCGACGAACCCGCCCUUAGGUUUGACCGCCUGAUCACAAUCAACUCAUUCACUGGCGAAACAUUGAGGUCUCUCCAGGAACAAACAAAGUUGUAUCACGUCCUUGGUAAGGCGUUGGGUGAUCGAGUCAACCUUGUCUCGAUGUCUUCGAGUCCUGUGAAUGCCUGGUCGAUCAAGUCAAAACAGCCCAAAAAGUCGAAUGAGGGUGUGUCUGUGGGGAUCUUGUUGAAUGCUGAAAGCGUCGGACGCAUUGUGGAUCACGGUCCAGCCGCCGAAGAAAAGGAGGAGUCCGCUGCGUUCCAAGCCUUCUGGGGUGAGAAGUCUGAGCUGCGCAGAUUCAAAGACGGCAGCAUUCUGGAGAGUCUUGUAUGGUCAGAGGACGCGGAGGAAUCCAUCAUUUACCAAAUUCUGGAGUAUAUUCUUCAGCGACACUUUGGUAUCGAUGAGUUUGAUUUCCUCGGUGAUGAGUAUGACGAUCAUCUCAAACACCAUGGCGACAAUAUGCUGGCAUACUCUAGCCCUGCUUUCCAGUCAGCCAAUGAAGCCUUCAAGGACCUAGAGACAUCUAUCCGUGGAAUGGACGAAGUGCCCUUGGAGGUUCGUCAUUUGGCUCCAGCCAGCUCGCUCCUCCGUUACACUGCGGUGAGGCCAGGCGAGCCUGCCGAUGUUGUUCUCCAAUUUGAAAGUUCCUCCCGAUGGCCGGAUGAUUUUGCGGCCAUCCAGAUGACCAAGGUUGCAUUCCUCCUCAAGAUUGGAGACGCUUUGGAACAAGGGGGCGCUACUGCCUCGUCUUGCCGUGUUGGCCUGGAGAAUGAAUCAUCCAGAAUCAUCAAUAACGCCUAUUUAGAUAUCCCCCACUCCUCUGGCGUCUUGUUCCGCCUGAGAAUUCACCACGACCGUGAGCAGACAUUACUCGAGCGCAACCUGAAGGAUCGAAAUUUGAGUCCCCGGGAGCGUGAAGAGGCUGCAUUCGCUCUCUUCUCCUACAAGAAGACCUUUGUUCAGACUCCACGCUUGACACAGGCACUCCGAAGCCUGUGCACUCGUUUCCCCUUGCUCUCGCCUACCAUCCGUCUUACCAAGCAGUGGUUCAAUUCCCACAUGUUCACCGCACAACUGAAUGAAGAGUUGAUUGAAUUGCUGGUCAUUCGAACAUUCACUCAGCCAAACCCUUGGGAAUGUCCUUCAAGUGUCAUGACCGGGUUCUUGAGGACUUUGCACUCUCUUUCUCGGUGGGAUUGGCAACAAGAGCCGUUCAUCGUCGAUUUGGGGGGCGAUCUGACCCCGGAAGUGACCGAAAAUAUCCGCACUCGCUUCACGGCUUGGCGCAACAUCGACCCUGCAAUGAACAGUGUAGCCCUUUUUGUCGCCUCUGACGUUGACCCUGAAGGCGUCACCUGGACUCAGUAUGAAAUGCCCUCCAAGGUGGUUGCGGGCCGAUUGUCCAGCUUGGCCAAGGCAGCGAUCGGUGUGGUACGAUCCAACCCCCACGAUCUGGAUAUAUCUGAGCUUUUUGAUACCUCACUUGCUCCCUAUGAUUUCGUCAUCCACCUCCGUUCCAAGCUGUUUGGCGGAUCCGCCUCUACCCCCAAGUUCAAGAACCUGGCAGAAUCUCGCGUGUCCAUGGGCCCAACUAUCAAGUCGUUUGUUUGUGACGUCCAGUCUUGUUAUAACCAAAGUCUUCUGCUUUUCCACGGAGACGAUCGCUGUUCAGUGAUUGCCGGACUUUGGAACCCGAUAACCCUGAAGCCUCGCAGCUGGAAUUUGAAGACAGCGUAUUCGACUGCACCAGCACCUGGCUCCCAGGACCAGGUGUUGAUCAAUCGGCCCGCUAUCAUCAAUGAAAUCGCACGGUUGGGUCAUGGGCUCAUUGACCACAUUGAGAUCCAUGGCAAUGGAGAAUAA